UGUGAAGUGGAAAAGAAAGGAAGAAUAUUUUUCCCGGAUUUCUGUCGUCUUUGUCUCAGGAAAUUUAGAGAAUUUAACGAGGAACAUUUUAGACAAGAACUUUUCAAGAAUAUUUGCGGCACCGAGCCUCAUCCUGUUCGUUUCCGAGCCAAGAAAUAUAAAAUAUCGGAAAAAUCUUUUAGUAGAGUAGAGUUUGAGUACAUGAUGUCCCGUCUACCUGUGUAUGUAUCAGAAGACGACAUUGCGGAGAUGUUUAGUGUAGCGGACAGGGAUCAGGACGGAAGGAUAUCAUACAACGAGUUUCUGACAAUGAUAACUCCUAGACAGCCCACUACAGCUGGUACUGCGGCAAACAUCAAACUAAACCUAACAAUCAGUGGUGGUGGGGUCAUGCUACCAACUUCUGAACCUCAACUUAUUCAUACAGGUCCCACACUUUCAGAACCUAUCAGAGAAGAGAAAAUAGCAGAUGAAGGAGAGCAAGAGGACCAGCUUGUAGAUACUGGAAAAGAAUCCAGAGUCACAGAUCCUUUAAUCUCAACAGCGUACUAGAUAACAGCUGUACAGCGCUAUGUUGACAGAUCUUUGUACAGUGUAGAACGAACUUAUGUACAUAAAUUGCUAAUGUUGUGCAAUGUACAUUAAAAUAAGACGAUAUAAACAAUCUUUUUUUUAAAUGAGAUUACUGUAUUAAGAGCAGACGACCAGUUUCAUUUAAAAUAGACACGAGAUUAAAAAAAAUAAUGCUUCCAAAAUUUGACCUUUACACCAGAAAUAUCAUUUUCUUUUGUCUAACCUUUUCGGGGAUUUUUUGUCUCUCAUCUAAUUUAGUUUAUUCUGUUUCCUGUAAUUUGGAAUUAUUGCUCUGGAAAAAUGAUUUAAGUUAGGGAGUGUUCGCGAAAAAUGAAAAAUGGUAUAGGAUUAAUGCGAUAAAAAAGCGCUUUUGAUCGCUACUAAUCUUA